CCAUCACGAGCAUUGGUGCUUACCUAGAAAACAAAGAGAAGAUCAUGAAUAAAUUACCAAAACUAAAAUAAGUUACAAUCAAAAGAAUUGAAAUAAUAUUUUAUUUUAAACAAAAAUAUAUUUUAGUUCAAUUGUUGUAGUAAUACAACAACAACAAGUCCCGUCCGCUGCCUGGCCCGCGUGGAUUUUUUUCUAGUAAACUUUUCUUUAGAUUUAAACAUCUAGCAGUUAAAUGCUUAAAAAAUAAAUAAAAUCAUUAAUACAACAACAAUUUUAUCAUUACGACACCAGUACUCGAAUAUCGUAAAGAUACCGCAAAGUAUCUAGUGAUAAUAAAUUUCAAAAUUCCAUAAUGUUAUAUGAUUGAAGAUGACUCUUGAUAAGCGAAUAUAAAUUUGUAUAAUGUGCGAUAAGACGACAGGUUGCAUCUAGUUCUAUUUGGUUGAACAUGUAAAAGUACAUUGCGCCAAAAGUCGUGAGCAGUUAAGGCGAAUAUAAAUAACGUUCACUACUCGUGUAAUAGGUAGGUAUUAACUAUUAAUAAAUUGCAAAAAAUAUUGCACAAGAGUGUAAAAAGUGAAAUAGACACAAAAACACAUAAUAUAAAACGACGUAUGCCUCGAUUACACUUGGUCGUUAGCCCGUAUUCGGGUGCACGAAAGACAUAACUCGAAUUCCGAAUAUUUACACUGGAAUAUGGGCAGGAAGACGGUGUCGGGUAACAAAAAUGAAAACUACCCGAAUACGGGCGUACUCGAUUCCGUUUAUUUACACAUAGUCGAAUUCCAUUGGCAUUCAUAUUCGGGCUAACGACCAAGUGUAACUGAGACAUAAUAGUGAGAGAGACGACUCUAAAAAUAAAUUGGGUAGAGCUAAAGAUUAAAAUAAACUAAAAGUUGAAAAAAAUAAAAACACGCUUUAUUUACUGCACUAAAAAGCCAAAAAUAAACAAAAUAUACUCUCUGUUUACUUCAUUAGGGCCUUAGAGUAAGCCUUUAUAUUAUAUAUAUGGCAAUAUAUGAAAAAGCGUGGGGCGCUAUUCAUUGCAAUAUUUAUCAAAUCAAUUAAUAUAUUACGUGAUUCAUAAUGCUUAACAACUCAGUUAAAAGUUAAUAAUGGAGCGCCCCACGUUUUUUCAAUUACAUAUAUGUUAAAAUAAACUAUAAACAUGGCUGAAUACUCUUAACCUCUCUUUACAUGGUUUCCUCGUAACUUUACAACUAAGGUUAAAAGAAUAAAUAUAAAUUGAUGAGGUUUAAAAACUUUAUUUCUCAUAAGAAUAAUUACAUUCAAUUAUAAUUAGAAUUUAACUUCAAUAAUAUUCAUAGGUUUGGGCUUAUUGUCGGACAAAAGUAUUGAAGUAUAAGUAGGUAGGUAGUUGUCAAACACAUUGUUCGAAUGUAGGCUCGCCUUCGUGUUAGUCCGCAACCGGUCGACUGCGCUCGCCAAGUAAGGCUGAGCACGUAUUGCGAUUAACCGUGAGUGGUUGAGGAAUAGCUGAAAACGCAUAACCGCAAACAACUCUUACUCUCUCUCAACUCAACUCUCACACUGCGUCUGGUACUUUUAUUAAAAUUGUUAAAAGUUUGCUCUCGAAGCAGAUAUUCAGUAAAUCCAAAUCUGUUUGUGCUUGUCCUACAAUAUCUUCUAUAUUGUCACCGAAAUAGACAGAUAUGGUCGUCACAUGGAUUCUAGGGGAACUUCGUGUCUUGCCCAAUUCACUACUCGUUGACGAUAAUUUGGAUAAGACUUUAAAAUUACUAAAGCAUUACUGGUUAAGCCGCUAUUAUUUAAUUUUUUUCUGUAUUUAAUUCUCUUUUUGUUACAAGAUCUAUUAUGGAUAGUGGCCGAAAGUGUGUAUGACUUCGUUCGGAAACCACACUGUUUUGUUUAUCAUGAAGGAAAUAAAUUGAUGUUAAAUACGUUAUCCCGAUAUAAAUGAUUUUUUCGAAUAUUUUUUAAAUCACAGAAAGAACCUAUUAAAGCUUAGCCCCUAGAUGUGUUAUUAUCGAUCGAUAAUAUCGGAUGCGUUAUUGCGAUAUAGCGUCAUACUUAUAUUGUGUCGUUAUUUUCGCUACAGCUGUAAUCGUAGCCAUUCUCAUACAUAAUGUACUAAAAACAAAAAUAUCGCAAAGAAGCAUCCGAUAAUAAAAUAACGCCAAGGCGCGUGCGAAGCCUAUCGCGAUUUUAAAGCAAGUUAAGAUUUUUUUGUUUAUUUGUUUUUUGUAGCUGAAUUUAAUUAGUCUUCAGUCUUCGGUAGAUAAAGAUAUAUUAACACGUAAAGUUCUACUAGGUAAUCUACAUGUUCAAGGCGAAAGCCUAGGUUUAAUCACAAAAAGUACUAACGGUUUUAGGGUUAAGGUGCAUGUUACAUAAAUAGCGAAGCGUUAUUAUUCUAAGUAGCAAUCCUAAACAUAACUCUUUGAUGUAAUGUUUUGUACGUUUUAUAACUAGCAGAGUGCAAAACUAAAGAUUGCGAUAUGUAUAUGAAUCCAAAUAUAUAAAAAUCAAUCAAUUUUUAUGUGUGAUUAAAGAAAUGAAAAAGACAGAACGUCAUAUGGACUAGCAUUAAGUUUGUUUGAUGCUCUGAGUUUUCUUCAUGUUUUUUUUAGUUUCGCUUCGCUUUCAUUGUAGCGAUAAAUAACAAACAUCGUCAAACUUAACGGUCUUGUUGUACAGUGCAGUAGUGCUAUGUUCGAAGCUGGAUACGGAGGGGGGAGGGGGAAAGGCAAGUGCCGAGACGAGACGAGAUGUCGCCAUAGAUCGUGCCCUUUUAAUAAUUAUUCGUGACAGACAGCCGUCGACUUUUUGCACGGAGGCACAAGCUGGGUUGACUGACGGACGCAGUCACAGCAUUCAGGGUUGCCAUAAUAAAUGGGUUUAAUGAUUUUUCUCCUUAUUAAUGAUUUUUAAUUGCUAAAAUAAAGAAUUUAAAAUUCGUUACUACUCUUAAUUGAAUAGGGAUGUAAAAUUUGGCAUUAUCAUCAGUCUGUGGACAUUGUCUUCCGUUUAUUAGAUCGGUAUUCGGUUUGGUAAGUUGAUAAAUUAUUUGACGAAAAGCUAUGUAAUAUCGUAGGUGUUGUAGGGUCGCCAUGUUAUAACUAGUCUGGCCAUAAAUACUGUUACACAAAAACUUCUCUUUUUUCAACUUUUUAAUUAUUUUGAGUUUGGAACACGUAUAUUAUUUUAAAAACUUCUUUCGAUUUUGCGCCAUUUCACAAAUAUUUUUGUAUUCAUUAUGAAAUUAUAAUAUGGAAUGGAGUGUUAAAGAAAAUAGGAUUGCAGUGAUCGCCUUGCACAAAGUGGGUAUGGCGCCGUCGGUCAUAUUCCAGACACUUCAAAAGCUUGGUAUCAGCCGUGUGUUCGUAUAUCGUACUAUCAACAGAUAAACAACACUUCAUCUGUCCAAGACCAGAAAAGAUCGGGGCUGCCGCGUGCUGUUAGAACUACAAAGGCUGUUAAUGCUGUUAAGCCAGAAUUCGUCGAAACCCCAUUAGGAAAUGAAGAUUCCUGAUAGGAUUCUGUCGAUAAAAUAAGACGUGAAUCUCGGUGCUUAUCGACGAUAUACAGGACAUGCCCUAAAUCACUCUUUACAAUUAAAGAAGGAGAAUCGAUCAAAACGCCUUCUGUCGCGAUACGCAGGCGAAAAGCACAGAAAUAUCCUCUUUAGCGAUGAAAAAAUUUUCACGAUUGAAGAAAACUACAAUAAUCAAAGUGUACGCUCACAGUUCUAAAGAAGCUGCUCAAGUGGUCGGAAAGGUACAACGUGGUCAUCAUCCUGCGUCAGUGAUGGUUUGGUGGGGCGUAUCUUAUCAAGGAGUCACAAAACUAAGUAGUUUUGUGAAAAAGGAGUGAAAACUUCAGCAAAAGUGUAUCAAGAUACAGUUUUGGAUCAUGUUUUAAAACCUCUCAAAAAUACACUUUUUAAAAAUAUACCGUUGUCAUUCCAGCAGGAUUCUGCACCUGGUCACAAGGCACGAACUACCCAAGCCUGGCUUGAAACCAACAACGACGACGACUUUAUAAGAGCUGCAGACUGGCCCUCAUCUAGCCCAGACCUCGACCCUUUAGACUUCAAAUUAUGGUCAGUUUUAGAGGACAUGGCCUGCUCUAAACGACACGGCGACAUUGAGUCUCUUAAAAAAUCUUUGUAGCAAGCAGUGGCGAAAUUACUCUUGGAAACAGUGCGUAAAUCCAUAGAUUCGUGGCUAAACAGAUUAAAGGCCUGUAUAAAAGCCAAAUGUGGCCAUUUGGAAUAGAAUAUUCUUUUAUUUUUUGCUGAGACUUUAAUAAAUAUAGGUAUGUAGGUGUAAAUUUUAACAAUAUGUAUAUGUCGUGGCCAUAUCGUA